GAUAACAAUAAAUAUCAUACUCCCUAAUCAAUUGUCGAAAUAGGAAAGACAGCAAAAAAAAGUUGGAGGCAGACAUAAUAAGUCAUGGAGAUAGCCACAGUACCCUCCCUGAGAAGUCAUCCACAACCAUGUCCUCACCCAUGGCAAACAAGGGCAAAGAGGAGUGGAGUCUCUGCAUCAAAAUAUGGGGCUGUGUCUGUCAAACCUGUAUCGAAAGGAUGUCAAAAAUGCGGUGGAAAAGGUGCAAUUGAAUGCCCUGGGUGUAAGGUCAGACUGCAAUCACUAACCUGUUUAAAGUGUAGAAAGAGAACACACAUCAUGUUUCAUGCAUGGUUUAAGGUAGAGAGAAAGGCAGAAACAAGACGUGAAGGAUCUGUAGAGGAAAAAAAAAAUCUGAACUCAUCCAGUGCCAUAUUGACUGCAGGGAACAGGAAAGAACAAGAAGAAUGGGAACAUCUUCGAGAGAUGGAAGUGCUUUGACUGCCAAGGAUUUGGUCUCAAGAGCUGCCCCAGCUGCGGCAAAGGAGGACUCACACCAGAACAAAGAGGAGAAAGAUAAAGAGACAACUGCUUCUCUCUCUGCCCUCAAUGUGUUCGAGCAUCCAAAACCUCUUCUUUUGCCUCCACAUUGUAUCUUCCAAGUACAUGUCCUGAGUCUAUGUGAUGGGUUGCAUCCAACAACACCAUGGAAACCUCCAAAUGUGUAUAAUAGAUAGCCUCAGAAUGUGGAAGGACUUCAAAUUCACUUCUCAACUAGAUCUUCAGGUUCAUAUAAUUG